CGACAAUCAAGGGAAACAAAAAAAAAAAAAAAAACCAAUGAAGAAGCGCGAUUCAAUUUGCUGUUAGAGGGUAGAGAUAGACAACCGGGUUGAAACAAAGGAAGAAAAAGAUGGGGAUCAGAUUCAUAUUGAUGGUGAACAAGCAAGGUCAGACUCGUCUUGCUCAAUACUACGAAUGGCUCACCCUCGAAGAACGCCGUGCCCUCGAAGGGGAGAUCGUCCGCAAAUGCUUAGCCCGCAACGAGCAACAGUGUUCAUUUGUUGAGCAUCGAAAUUACAAAAUUGUAUAUAGGCGAUACGCUUCGCUGUUUUUCUUAGUUGGAGUUGACAAUGAUGAAAAUGAGCUUGCGAUUUUGGAAUUUAUACAUCUCUUAGUUGAAACCAUGGACCGUCAUUUUGGCAACGUGUGUGAGCUAGAUAUCAUGUUCCAUUUAGAGAAAGCGCAUUUCAUGCUGGAGGAAAUGGUUAUGAAUGGUUCCAUUGUUGAGACGAGCAAGGCUAACAUUCUGACUCCUAUUCAACUGAUGGACAAAUCAUCAUGAGGAAAAAAAAAAGGGGGGGGGGGGUUGAUUUUCUAGAUUGGGUAUGGUGAUUUUCUUUGAGAAUUCUGGCAAAUUGUUUGUUGCUUUCGCCCUGUUACUUUCUAUCUGUGUUCCUCUUUUUCUUUUCAAUUUCGACUUUUGAAAUUUUGCCUGUUGUGCAAUAAGCUAAAUAAUAGAACACAAACCUUCAACAGUUUUCUUCAUACUGAAUUAUAUGUAGUGAUUGCUUGCAUCAUAGAAGUGGCUUAGUGACAUCUGAUUUUUCUUAGUGUCUUGGCAUUGUAUAGUCCCUUGAAUUUGGCACAAAAACUGGCCAAAGAAUAAAUUUACAAC